AUGCACGGGCACAGCCGCAACGGGCAGGCCCACGUGCCCCGGCGGAAACGCCGCAACCGCUUCGUCAAGAAGAACGGCCAGUGCAACGUGUACUUCGCCAACCUGAGCAACAAGUCCCAGCGCUACAUGGCCGACAUCUUCACCACGUGCGUGGACACGCGCUGGCGCUACAUGCUGAUGAUCUUCUCCGCGGCCUUCCUCGUCUCCUGGCUCUUUUUCGGCCUCCUCUUCUGGUGCAUCGCCUUCUUCCACGGCGACCUGGAGGCUGGCCCGGCGGUGCCCGCGGCAGGGGGCCCGGCGGGCGGCGCGGCCUCGGCGGCCCCCAAGCCAUGCAUCAUGCAUGUGAAUGGCUUCCUGGGCGCCUUCCUGUUCUCGGUGGAGACCCAGACGACCAUCGGCUACGGCUUCCGGUGCGUGACGGAGGAGUGCCCGCUGGCCGUGAUCGCCGUGGUGGUCCAGUCCAUCGUGGGCUGCGUCAUCGACUCCUUCAUGAUUGGCACCAUCAUGGCCAAGAUGGCGCGGCCCAAAAAGCGGGCGCAGACGCUGCUCUUCAGCCACCACGCCGUCAUCUCGGUGCGCGACGGCAAGCUCUGCCUGAUGUGGCGCGUGGGCAACCUGCGCAAGAGCCACAUCGUGGAGGCGCACGUGCGGGCCCAGCUCAUCAAGCCCUACAUGACCCAGGAGGGCGAGUACCUGCCGCUGGACCAGCGGGACCUCAACGUGGGCUACGACAUCGGCUUGGACCGCAUCUUCCUGGUCUCGCCCAUCAUCAUCGUGCACGAGAUCGACGAGGACAGCCCGCUGUACGGCAUGGGCAAGGAGGAGCUGGAGUCCGAGGACUUCGAGAUCGUCGUCAUCCUCGAGGGCAUGGUGGAGGCCACGGCCAUGACCACGCAGGCCCGCAGCUCCUACCUGGCCAGCGAGAUCCUGUGGGGCCACCGCUUCGAGCCGGUGGUCUUCGAGGAGAAGAGCCAUUACAAGGUGGACUACUCCCGCUUCCACAAGACCUACGAGGUGGCCGGCACGCCCUGCUGCUCGGCCCGGGAGCUGCAGGAGAGCAAGAUCACCGUGCUGCCCGCCCCGCCGCCCCCGCCCAGUGCCUUCUGCUACGAGAACGAGCUGGCCCUCAUGAGCCAGGAGGAGGAGGAGAUGGAAGAGGAGGCGGUGGCCGCGGCGGCCGUGGCCGCGGGCCUGGGCCUGGAGGCGGGCUCCAAGGAGGAGGCGGGCAUCAUACACAUGCUGGAGUUCGGGAGCCACCUGGAUUUGGAGCGCAUGCAGGCCACGCUCCCGCUGGACAACGUCUCCUACCGCAGGGAGUCGGCCAUCUGA